UCUACAAAGACGGGGAGACAGAGUUCAGACGAUGGAGGGCUGGAGAACCAAGCAAUAUUAACAGUGCAGCACACUGCACACGGAUGUAUGAUGAUGGACUAUGAAGCGACGUCCCUUGUAACAUGAACUAUAAGGCCGUCUGCUCAGAUGUCAGAGGGUCUAAUGUGACAGUUGUCCUCACUGACGCCUCCAUGACAUGGACUGAGGCCCAGAGCCACUGCAGAGUAAACUACACAGACCUGACCAGUGUGAGGAACAUGACAGAGAACCAGAAGGUACAGGAGCUGAUACCUGCAGGAGAACGUGUCUGGAUCGGCCUCUUCAGAGACUCCUGGAAGUGGUCGGAUGGAAGUAGCUCCUCAUUUAGGCACUGGAGACCUUCAGCACCUACUGGUUCCUUGAAGUCUUGUGUGGCUGCAGUCUUUGGCCAAUCUGGAGGCUGGGACGACUGGAACUGUGACUUGAAGAGAGCAUUUAUCUGUUACAGUGUCAUGCCUGUUUCAGAGAAAGUGAUGAAAGUGAUGAAGCUGAGGUUUAAGACGCAGGACUCCUCUGUGGAUCUGAACGACCAUGCUGUGACGGAGGACAUCUUAAAGCAGCUCAAACAGAGGCUGAAGGACCAGGGGCUCAAUGACCACAGCAAACUGAGCCGGAGGAAGCAGCCAGAUGGAAAAGUCUUCCAUGAGGAGGAGGAAGAAGAAGAAGAAGAAGAAGACCAGCCCAAAACAAGAUGAGCUUAUCUUUAUCUUCUUCUACCCUCCUCUUCCUCUGUCUUUUCCUUCUUCUUCUUCUUCUUUGGUAAAAAAAACAUCCAAAUUGUUGUGUUGCACCUGUGAGUCUGUAAAUAAGCAGCAGUUCUUUUAGCUCAGUGCUAAGGUAUACACGCUAACAUGGUCACAACAAGGAGUAGUAGUGUUCAUUGUGUUUGUGUACGUCACUAAAUCACAUGCAUUCUGAAUUUGUUGAUCAUCAAUCUGAUUUAUUGACAUUAAUUAAAAGACUCAGCUACGUUAUAUGUAACAUGUCUUAUUGAUCCUAAAAUAACUUCUGAUGACGUCAUACAUUAGUGCACUGUCCAGAUGCAGGGCAGGCAGCUGAAGGCAAAGACUACCACCACUGCACAGAUGCCUGUGAUUUACCCUGUUUACGGCUGCUCCAAGCAAUCAAACUGGGAAAAACCAAAGGACACUUUAGGUCCUGAAAAUAGCAAGAUGUAAAGAGGAGAAGUAAAAAAAGAAUUUGCUGAGAAUGGAUCAAAAACCCUCCACCUUCAGUCAGGAGGAGCUGAGUCCACUAACAUCAAACAUCAUGAAUAUAAACCAUUGUGUUAAACAUGCCUCGAGUUGGAUGCAGUCACAGUGUGCUGUGAUAACCUUUCCAUGUUCUCAGGCUCAACCUGGAUUUUUAACAGAGUUUUAACAGACCUCUGGGAACAGUUGGCCCAGUGGCUGUAAAAUAAUAGAUAAAGUCAGCUAAUGUAACUGUUAGCCUGACAGCGGCGCAUCCAUAGCCUGGAAAUCCAGACCCAAAUCUAGAAAGAUUUAGGGUCUGGCUAUGAGUAAUGAAAAUGGCCCAACUCGAGGGGCGGCACCAAGCAUGCAUUUUUAAAUUUCACUGCACGCAACUGGAUAACACUACAACCAAUCAGAACAACACACGGGGUGAUGUAUCCAGAGCUUAGCUACCAGCGGAGCUAACUGGUAGAUUAGACUCUUGCUGUAUCCGGUUGGCAAAACAGCAAAAACGUCCUUCUUGCAAAGGAAAGACUCGAGCGCCGUCUUCUGUUCCUCUUUUAGAGAAAAAGCCAAGUCUAACUCGUUCAUUGUAGCAGCCAAAGCCGUUUCAAACAACUGGUGUUCAUCCGUAGCCAUCUUGCAAUGUUUACUGACUGAUGCUGGACUUCGUCGUCGCAGUGCUGUCGUCAUCUGUUUAGCUCGCCUCUGGCCCGCCUAUAUCAAAUACACCGAUGUGAUUGGUGCAGCUCGGUUUCAUGGGCAUGGGUAUUGAGCAUCAUGACUGAUUGCCAGAGUGACUCGCUGAGCAAAUUCAAACUGUGCUCUCGCGAGAACUCCAGGGUAGUGCAUCCAUGUACAGAGCUGAAAUAUUUAAAGACAGUUAAACUCAAGCACAUUUACUCACCUGGCCAAAAACAAGAUGGCAGUCAUUUCAGUCACCAACCCAACUGCACACAAAAUACACUGCUCAAAGAAAUGAAGGCUGCACUGAACUGUCUCAGUCAGGGCUCUAUGCUAACCUUUAGCUCAUCCUUCAUCAUGUGUGUGGUAAGGACCCAGCACACACACACACACACACACACACACACACACACAGGGCUACAUUGGGCCUACUGCUCUACUAUUAGACACAAAGGAUGUCUUUAGUCCACUGGCUUUUGGAGUUGGGUCGCCUGGCACGCUGAGCUGACUUCAUCCGAUGAACUCAACUAAAUUUUAAAAAUCUAAUUCAUGGUGAAGGGUCAUGCAUUUUCCACCAGUCACUUCGAAAAGCUCAAGGAAAAAUAUUUGUGGCUACAGGGGGGAUCAAAAUAAAAUAAAUAAAUAAAAUAAAAAUCAGCCAGCCACCCUCCUCCUCUGAUAAGUUAAGAACAGUCCCUUCAGUGCGGUGAGGUUUGUGGACCGUUACCUGCCACAAAGAGAGAAAUGUGAGCGGCUCGUUUCUCCUCUGACACGUCACAUACCUGUGUGCCGCCACGGCUCGGCUGUUCAGGUACUUCUGGGCAGUCAUGACACCAGCGAAGAGGAAGUUACUGGACCUGGAGCCGGGCUUCUUGGUCGCCGGUAAACCGUCAUCUUGCGGCGGUGGCCAUAGUGCUCCGCCGUAUUCCUGUCUGUGACCCCGGUUCAACCCACAACCUGCAGGAUUCGCCUUUCGUUUCUGCUGCUGGUUGAAAUCUGUACUCGCACAGCGUGCUCCUGAAUGAUUUCUUUUGCUCGCACAAAACUAUUUUUAGUCGCAAAUGUGAGUGAAAUGCUCGCACCGCAGAGCUCUGGUCUCAGUCUAACACCAAGUCAGUUAAACUUCAGGGAUAUCAGUCUGUCCAUUUAGGAAGCACAAGUGACUGUGAAUCAGUUUCAGCUGCUUUAGUGCAAAUCUAAGUGGCAACAGGUGCAAUGCAGAGGCAAAAGCAAGACAUCCCCCAGUAAGGGCAGCAUGAGGCAGUACCUGCAGCCAAAUCAGGUUGCACAGGUUGUCCAGCUCCUCCAAGAUGGCAAAUCUAUACUUGCAGUCACAAGAGUGUUUGUUGUGUCUCCCAGCACAGUCUCAAGAGCAGGGAGGAGAAACCAGGAGACCGGCCGUUACACCAGGAGAGCUGGACAGGGCCGUAGAAGGGCAUCAAGCCAGCAGCAGGACCGGUGUCUGCUCCUUUGUGUGAGGAGGAACAGGAGGAGCACUGCCACAGCCCUACAACAUGAGCUCCAGCAGGCUACUGGUGUGCAUGUUUCUGACCACACUGUCAGGAACAGACUCCAUGAGGGUGGCAUGAGGGCCCCACGUCCUCUACAGGGACCUGUGCUCACAGCCCAGCACCGUGCAGCUCAACUGGCAUUUGCCAGAGAACACCAGAAUUGGCAGCUGCAAGUCUGAAGUCACGCAUUCAACAAACUGAGAGCGAACAAGAUGGACACAGUUCUUCUGCUCAUCACAGCAGGUCAUCUGGACCCGUAGGGAGAGAUGAGUCACUAGGUCUCCUGUCACUCACCCCUUCCAUUUAGCGUAGAGAGGGACAGCUGUAGGACCUGUAACCCCCCUUUUUAAAAAAACAUUCUCAACAUUUCCUAUUCAGUCGGCUGUAUAAUGGUGAAUUGAAAUAAUAUAAAAUUGUGUAAUUCUUGUAACUAUCUAUUGAUCUAACUACGUUUUUUAAGAUGUAAUUUUGUACAAAAUUAUUAUGCUCCAAUUGGAGAAAUGUUUAUUUUUUGAUAUAUGUCAAUGCACUGGAGAAAAAAUGAAGUGAACGUACUGAUAAUUUUCUAUUCAGUUGGUUGUAUAAUGGUAUCAGUUUAAACGAUAUAAAUUGUGUAACUCUUGUAAUUUUUCAUUAAUUUUGAUUUUUUAUUUUGUUUUAUUUCAUUUUGUACAACUUAGAAAAAUUAUAUUGUUUUAUUUUUUGGAAAUCUGUUAAAGCACUAAAAGAAAAAGAAAAAAAUGAAGUGAACUGACUGACAAUCAAGUCACGUGAGUCUUUAUCACACCUGUGAAUGUUCAGGUAAUUGUGAUGAGUGAACCUGAAGAAGCCACAGGUGAAACGUGUUGUUCGCUCUCAAUAAAUUCACAGUAAAGUCUACUCAGUGUGCGGUCGUCUACUUUUGAUAUGUUACUUAAGAUGUUCCUGCGAUCGACCAGCACCUGAUCCCCUAUAUCAGCUGUGCAGAGGGAGGUUUUUUAACUUUAUAUUAUAAACUUAGCUCGGUCAUUUUGUAGAGAUAAACACAAAAUCCUGAUGACCUUUAUGCAUUUGAACAGUAUAUAAAGCUAAAUAACCAGAAACUGUCAUGGUGGGAAUACUAAAGUAAAAGAACUUCAUUACAAGAAGAAGUCCUGCAUUUAAAAUCCUCUUUGAAGGAAGGUUUUACAGAUUUUUAAGUCUGUCUAGAUGCAUGUUAGGAGAGAAAAUCUGUUACUGUCCAGUAUGAACAGGAGGAAUGAUCACAGCAAACAAAAACUGUUUGAAUCUACAUAUGUGUAUAUGACAAACAAGAUGUGCUUAAAAGUAUCAGCAGAAAAGUACUCACUGUGAAGGGAAAUGUCUCCUGUGACUCAUUCUGUUAUUAUGAUUUAUUUGAUUUGAUUGUUUUUUUAUUACACAACAUCUCAAAGUCAAUUCUCUGUUGUAUGUUAAUGCUGAAAAGUCCAUAUGAUUAGUCCAGGACAAUGUACUGUCUAUGUGACCUAAA